UAAGGUAAGUGGAUGGGUUAUGAUCAGACUUCUCGACAGAAUGGUUCAGAAGAUUACAGUCCACAUUUUGACCACAUUGAAAACCUCAAAUCUUUCUUAGUUCUUUUUUCUUUGUUUCUAUUGAAGUUGGGGUUGCUUUUCUCUUGCUUAGGCUUUGAAGUGUAUUAUGACAAUAAAAUUCCAACAUUGAGAGAUAUGAGAUGAAGGAAAUAGGGAAGAGGGACUCAAAUACAUGACAAAAAUGUCAUAAGGCAGAGAAUGUUAAAAAGACAAUGAUCGGUGCCUGAUUCCCAUUUUCAGAGACAAAGGAAUGAACACCUGCUUCGUGUUUUGAAGGUCGCAGGUUCAAAUUUUGGCACUGAGACCGGCUAUCCCGACUGUGGAUCUUUGUGGCUUGCCUCAGUCUCUCCAGACAAAUGCCAGGAUAGUAUCUUCAAAUGACGAAAACGCUCAGUUGGGAUGGACGGUUUCCAGAGAAGGAUUUGAACCUGGACCUCCCGAAUAUGAAGCAGGAGUGUUAACCACUUGUCAGUGUUGUUCAUUCUGUCCUUGGUGAAGACAAAUUCCAGCUAGGGAUGAAUUCAUUCUGAGAAUCCCAGGGGUGUACUACAUUUUCCUUGGCUUUUGCCAGAGUCUGUCAGUGUUGCAGUUUGUGUCAAGACAUGUUGAAAGGAAUGUGAUUAUGUUCCAUAUGUUUUAUUUCAAAUGAAAAUGUCAGCUGUGUGUUUAGCCCAUAGGAGCCAUCUGCAAGAUAAUUUCACACAAUGUUAUCAAGUUCCUGAGAAAAGUAAAGAACGAUGGGUGAACGUGCGUUCGGGUGCCAAGAACGCUUGGGAAUAGCAAUGAAGCAAGGCACUGGAGGAAAACUGACGAGCAGGAGGGAAGAGAAAGAGAGAGAGAGAGAGAGAGACAACUGGCGAAUCUUAAAUUGACGACCAUUUAAGUAAGCUGCGUGAUUGACGUCGUUCAGUGCGUCCAGUGGAGUGUCCGGUUACUGCGCUGCAUAAACGAAUCUACCUGAUUAAAAUCUCGCCUGACUUAAUAUGUAAUAACAAUGGUGCAACACGUGUCACAUAAGGAAUAGUUCAGACAGCAUUGCUCAACAGCCUUGGGCAGCUUCACUCCUACCAGAGUCCUCCGAGUGCAGUGACGGAUUCAGACUAUCGUUCUUAUUUUCCUAUAUCGACCUUGAAGACACGGCGAAGGGAAUGGGCAGUGUGCUGACUUACUUCUGGGGGAGAGAACCGAACGAUGAUCCUGAACUGGACAUUCCUCACCCAACGACGGGACUCACCCCAAGGGAGCGGCAGGCCGUGGUCGAUACGUGGGCCAUCAUGAAGCAGGAUGCCAAGCGAGCCGGCGUGGAACUCUUUAUACAGCUCUUCGAAGCUCACCCCGAGUAUCAGAAACUGUUCCGGGUUUUCGAGAGUCUAUCCCUGCAAGAACUCGAGAAGAGCGCGAAAUUGUCUGCUCACGCUACGAACGUCAUGUAUUCGCUGACGAGCGUGAUCGACAACCUUGAGGACCCGGAGUGCCUGACGGAGCUCCUCAUCAAGUUGGGACAGAACCACGAUCGUCACGGUGUCAGCGAGAAAGAAUUUAAUGACCUGAAAGUGGUGCUGAUGAAGCUAUUGAAACAGAAACUUGGAAAGAAGCUGACGUCUCAAGCAGAAGCCGCGUGGAGCAAAACGAUAGAUGUUGCGUACCAGGUCAUAUUCGAAGGACUGAAGACGAGUGACGUAGCUAGCGUGAAGUAGUAUGAAAGUGUCGUGUGACAAAUUUAAAAGGUGGCAGUUCUUAUUCUAAAGGCAUUUGCCAAUGACUCAUUUAUUACGCCGUUGUUGGACAUUGGUUAAUUAUCCAAGGUGUAUUUGAGUGUUUUGGGAGUUGACUCUUCUGUCAUCUUCAGGUGACUUGUCAAUACACUGACCUUUUUUAUUUUCGA